CGAUUCUCGGAUCCAAAACCGAGGCUAUACGGUCCAAGUAGUGGUCCUACGCGGCGGAAAGUCUAGCUCGAUCCAGGGGGGGGCAGCAUGGUGAGUCCUAUAAAGAGACGCUAAUCACCAUGCCCGAGGCACUUCGCAGGCCCCAUCAAGAUCAGUCAGGACAAGACUUUGGUCACAUCGAGUCGCAACGAUCAUUCAACUUCCACGGAACCACGUAACAAGCUAGCGGGAGAUUCAAAAGACAAGAUGGCGCAAAACGGAACGCAACAUCCAAACAGAUCUGCUUGGCCCCCUGCGCCAUACAGAGCUCUGUCGCUCAAGCAACCUGCCAACUUGCGCGCGGCCUUGAAGACUCUAAUUAACGAAAAAGGCGACGGUCCUUCCGACAAUUUGUUGAUGGGACUCGGCUUGGGUGUUCCCUCCGUCGAGGUUGCCAAAGUGCUGUCUGUGACGCGUGCAGACUGGAUUUGGGUCGAUGCAGAGCAUUCGCCCUUCAACGUCAAUUUGCUUGCAGACGUGAUUCAGACCAUCAACUUCUACUCUGAAGGUCACACCGCUCCCGUCGUCCGCAUCCCAGGACUUGAUGCUGGUUUCAUCGCACACGUUCUCGAUGCUGGAGCCGGUGGAAUCAUCAUGCCUCAUGCUGAAGAUCCGGACGAGAUUAGACAGCUCGUUUCCUACUCUCGUUUUCCGCCGCAAGGUCAUCGGUCGUAUCCUCCGUUCGCCGUGAUUCCGGGGAUGACGGAUCAGGCACCAGAAGGAAGUUCUUUCCUUCACGUUGCGAACGACCACAUCGCAGUCAUUCCACAAGUAGAGAGCGCCAAGGGCAUCGAGAAUCUGGAAGAAAUUUGCCAAAUUCCAGGCGUGGAUGCCAUCAUGAUCGGUGCGGGUGAUCUGCGCAUGGAUCUAGGUUAUCCUAUGGGUCUAUUGGGAGAUGAGCCGGAUUUCGUCGCAGCGUUUGAAAAGGUCAAGCGCGUGUGCGCAAAGUACGGCAAGCCAAUAGUGGGCCUGGCCAUGAACGACGAGCUGCUGCAGAACCGCAUCAAGUACGGCUACAGGAUGCUCUGCGUCGCUGCGGACCUCUUCCUUUUGGCUUUCGGCUCCGCAAGUGCCCUGCACGAGAUGAAGCAAGGAGCUCAGAAACUUCUCAAGGAAGCCAAGGACGCGGGACCGGAACUCGACGUGAAAGCGGCCGCUGCUGCUGCCACUGGCCAGACCAUCGCCUCCACAGAUUGAACUUGAGCGCAAGCUGAAGUUGACCUGCAUGAUCAGCUGCCUGCCAGAUUCUGCUUGCUCCGAUUUGCUCGUUCUGUUCACCAAACGCCUCAGGCCUUUGAGAUUGCUGCGACAGAAUGGAAUUGUCUUCUCUUUUUCAUACUGCCUACAUUAUCGAACGUCUUCCCC